AUGGCUAAUCUUCUUACAGAGUUUCUACACGGAAUAAACCAGCAGGAAGAAUUCAGUAUGGGAAUAUUUUCGAGAAUCAUAGGUUCUCUGUACAACUGGCUAAUGCCGGCGCUAGAAGAGCGAGAAGACAGCAAUCGUCGUAAGGGUUAUCCCCACAAAAUGGUGCCCGAUGUUACCUUGAAAUCCCAUCUUCCCUCCAUUUAUAACAUCCUGUUAAUUGGAGAAACAGGCUCAGGGAAAUCUACGCUUAUCAACUAUCUGACAAACUAUUUCAAUAAUGGAUCACCUGAAGAACCCAGAAUCGCUAUUCCUACCAAGUACCAUAAGGCGACAGAGAAGUAUCAAUCCUCCGAGAAAGAUCUUUACGAUGCAACCAAGAGCAAGACCAGUGAGUGUGCUACUUAUGGUUUCAAGAAAGCUAAUCGUCAUUACAACUUCAUCGACACACCGGGGUUGAGCGACACAGAAGGAACAGAGAGAGAUGCCUGGUAUUUCAUAAAUAGCAGGGUAGUGCCUUUCAAAAAGUAUUUUCUCAUAACUCAUUCCUCUCAGUUAUUUAUAAGUUUGUAA